ACUUCACUCAUAAAAGAAAAGUACAUCAGAAAAUUUCUUUGAAAUUGUGAAAAGUUUUUUCCGUUUUCCGCCUUUUUUCGUUUUUUCUUAGAAAAAAAAAUAAAGUUUGUGACACAAUAACAGAUCGAAAAAUUAAAAAUUUUGGCAGAAGUUUUAAUCUUAUAUUUUUGAGGUUUUUGUUAUAAGAAAAAAAAUCUGAAAGCGUGGCUUCUUUUGUUUUCCCUAAGCGGCGCCCGAAAAAGUGUGAAAGUGAAAAUUUUCAAAUGAAAAAUUUCUGGAAAAGUUUUUAAUAAAUAGAGUCUCAACACAACAGACCACGAAGAUAAAAAUUAAUUAAUUUGAUUUUGUUGUUCUGAAUAAUCUGCUUAGCUCCAUGAAAACUUCAAGAAAUCAGUAGCAAGCAAAAAAUAUCAAAAUUUCAAUUCAAGCAGUUUUCCACUCAUAAAUUAAGUGAAAAGUUUAAUUAAACAGUUGUGACAGUUUUAGACAUAGAAAAAAAAAUUAAGAAAAAAACCAGCAGAAUAGCCUUGAAAGUGGUUUGAAAAUAAGGAAAAGAGAGCGACUGAGCAAAAGGAAUAACAAAAUAAAGCUAGCAGCAGCAGCAAGCACCAUAAAAAUCAUCGUUUAUGUAUCCGUGAGAAUUUCCGGAGUCAAAAAACAAUAUUUCGGCAUCAAAAUUUCAUAAAAAUAUUUGGACAGUAAAAAUUGUAUCAUAGAUUAAAACUAAGAUUGAUAUCGAUUGAGAAAAGUAAAGUUCAUUAAAAUUGGAAAUUCAGUAGAGAAAGAAAAGUUUGAGGAAAUGGCUUCAAAUAUUGAUCAAUUUGCUGAUUUAGAGCUGUCAAAGGAAGAUCGUGAACAGAUCUUUGAUGAUCCGCUUGAUGUAAGUCAGCCACUUACGCCACAGAAUGGAUCCAGUCAAACGACAAAGGUUAUUAUAAGUGGAAUCCCUCAACACGCUAACUUCAGCGAUGUGGAGCCGUUGUUAAAGCAGUACGGAAGUGUUGAAGAAUGUGAUGCGGUUGCGAGUAAAGAUCCUAAGACUCAGACUGUCCACAUUACUUUUGAAUCGUACGAACAAGCGCAAAGAGCGGCCGCAGGUUUAAACGGUGCUGAAUUUGAAGGAAGUAAUUUAAUAACCGAACUUCUUGUUGAAAACAAAGCUCAGUCUGUAAGUGGUGGAGCAACAUCAGCUUCAUCCCAGCAGAGAAGAAGUCAACGCAAUCGUUCCCAAUAUGGAAAUGUUACCGGUGGCCCUGGACGCCAAACUGAUUUUCCUCUGCGAGUUCUUGUAGCUAGCGAUAUGGUUGGAGCUAUCAUUGGCCGUCAAGGAAGUACAAUACGACAAAUCACUCAACAAAGUCGCGCCAGAGUUGAUGUUCAUCGCAAAGAUAAUGUUGGAUCACUUGAGAAAGCUAUAACGAUUUAUGGAAAUCCUGAAAACUGCACAAUGGCUUGCAAAAGAAUUUUAGAAGUCAUGCAACAAGAAGCAAACAACACGAAAAAAGGCGAAAUAUCAUUGAAAAUUCUUGCACACAACAAUCUUAUCGGUCGAAUUAUUGGUAAAUCUGGUAACACGAUUAAACGUAUCAUGCAGGACACCGACACAAAAAUUACUGUCAGUUCAAUCAACGAUAUUAACAGUUUUAAUCUUGAAAGAAUCAUCACUGUCAAAGGUUCCAUCGAGAACAUGUCUAAGGGCGAAGCUCAAAUUAGCUCUAAACUCCGUCAAAGUUAUGAAAACGACUUGCAAGCUUUGGCACCACAGAGUAUUAUGUUUCCAGGUCUUCAUCCAAUGGCAAUGAUGUCAACGUCUUCUGGAAAUGGAAUGGGAUUCCCUGGAGGAAGAACAGGAGGUAAUACGGGCGGAGUUUAUCCAACAAGCAACUAUCCGCCAAUGUAUCAACCGACUGGCAAUCAGUUACCAGGUGCUGCCGACAUUCAAGAGACAACUUAUCUAUAUAUACCUAACAAUGCAGUCGGCGCUAUCAUAGGAACAAAAGGAUCUCACAUUCGAAACAUAAUCAGGUUCAGCGGUGCAAAUGUUAAAAUUGCACCUCUUGAAGCAGACAAACCAACUGAACAGCAAACAGAACGAAAAGUCACUAUAGUUGGUACACCAGAAGCUCAGUGGAAAGCUCAAUAUCUGAUAUACGAAAAAAUGAGGGAAGAAGGAUUUGUAAGUGGAACUGAUGAUGUUCGUCUUACUGUCGAAAUUUUGGUUCCGAGUUCACAAGUUGGUCGAAUCAUUGGAAAGGGCGGUCAAAAUGUUCGUGAACUGCAACGAGUUACUGGCAGUAUAAUUAAACUUCCAGAACAUACCACUGCUACACCUGCAGAUGAAGAGACUACUGUACAUAUAAUUGGUCCAUUCUUCAGCGUACAGUCAGCUCAACGACGCAUUCGAGCUCUAUUAUCGGUAACAAAUCCGCCACCUACUUCUGGGCGGCCAAAGCCAUCAUCGGGUCAACAAACACCUCAACAACAACCGGCAGUUCCUCCUGCACCUUCAACCCCCCAAGCAAAACCUCAGAAUCAAUCAAAUACAACAGCAUAAAUUCAAUAAUGUCUUUGCAUCCCAACAACGCCAGCAAAUUUUUACAGCCAAUAAUAAUCGUCGAAAGCUAACAGAUAAGAUCAGGGAAAAAUCAUUAUCAUCAUUAUUAUUAUUUUUUAAAUUAUCUAUUAGAAAAAAAAGUCGCACUUAUAAAAUAAUCUCCAAUCAUGUUCAAGUCUACUUAAGCAACGUGACGUCUAAAUUUAUAGCUCAUGUUUUAAACAAAAUUUUGGCAGACAAAAUUAAAUACUUUUAUGACAAUUCAAAUUGAAACUCAACAACAUCAAAAGAAAUUGAACAAAAAUUAUAUUUUAAAACUUGAUUUUAAACAACACAGAAAAAUGAUAAGAAUUUUUUUUAAAUUUUUUGUUAUACAAGAAAGGCAGAUAAUUUCUCAAAAAAAUUAUUCACUCGAUAAAAACACUGACGAGUAGUGAGAAAACAAAGGACAAGAAGAAAUCAUGUAAAUAAACACUUUUGGAGUGUUCAAGUAAAUAUAAAACAAGAACAUUAUGAUGAAAGUUUGUGUGGCAUCUUAAUCACAAUAUAAUAUAAAAUAAUUGUAUUUGAACAUCGAAGAGCUAGGAUGCGAUUACCGACAAAACUAGAGACACACAAAAAUCUACCAAAAAAUUGCCUUAUUUAUUGUUUUAUUUCAUUUUUAUGUGAAUAAGAAAGCGUUAAUAAUAAUUAUUAGAUGAAAAAAAAAGUAUUUAAGGGAGAAAAUAUGUUAAUUAGAUAUAUGUAAGAUUGCAAGAACGUAUAAAAAAGUAUUUCGGCUCAGUAAAUCCUCAAAAUUUUAUACGAGUACAACUUUGAAGAAAUUAAAUACCUCAUAGAAAGUGCAUUAAAAUUGAUGUUGAAAGAAACUUAAGAACAGUUUAGAAGCUUUUGUCAUAGCGUUCAUUAAUGUCAUUUUCUUUUUACUUUCUUUAAUUUUUUUAUUUUCAUUUAUUAAACUUUAUUGCUAUAAAAAUAAUUUUAACGAAGUUUACCGAAAUAUAAUCAAAAUAUUAUUGUCUCUGUUUUUUUAAAAGAUUUAUACUAACUUAAAAUCAGAUUUAAGCUUUAGAAAAUAUUUUCUUCAUUGUCUUUUUCUUAUAAAUCAAGUUCACAUAAAUAAUGCAACAUUAAAUCUGAUUGAUAAUGAACGCUCGCUUUAAAUCUUCUUCAUUAACAUAACUCUGUAUCAAUAAAUAAUUGCAAAUAUUACCUUAUUUAAAAUCAGAAUCAAUAGUACAAAACUUAUAUCUUUACAACAUGCAAACAUAAAUGCGUUACUUUUACACACAGAAACACCACUUUUAAACAGAAAGUGAAGAAAAAUCUUUGUUUUUCAAAUGAGCUGGUAUAUAAUAAUGAAUUUGAGGAUAAACUGAUUCCAAUUUAUUUGACUGAAUGUUCAGAAUUCAAUGUAAGUAAUAUCUGUAGCAGUCAUAACAAAGAAAAAUGAAAAAGAAGUAGAUGAAGAAAAUUUAGCAUAAUUUGAAUUUUCAUCGAGUUAAUGUAAAUUUGUAGCAUUAAAUGAAUAAUAAGAAAAAUAUUUAAAAAUGAAUAUUUUUGAUAUUUAAUAUCUGGGGCUGAAUUGAAA